AGUAGAGCAGCCAAAGAGCGUCCUCACAGAGUCCUGUAUCUACAACAUGCAGUAAUAAUCAAAUUCAACAGGCGUCCUACUGAUUAAAAAUGUAAUUUUAAGUCUUUUACAUAUUUAAUACAGAUUAAAUGUAAUAUUUACAAGAUUUCUGCAUACUAGAAAUAUGAUAUCACAAUAUGCAUUUAUGUACUUAUGUAAUUAGAAACAGAAGGAGAACGAGAUGUAGUUUAGACUUUAGACUACUUGUAACUACGUACUAAGAGAUAAUAAGUAAAAUCCACAUUAUUAGUGGUGUGAUAUUGUGCUAUAUGUUUUCUUUAUAAAUGUUCAUCUCAAAAUCAUUAUUAACGGUGGUUGCAUCAAUAUUGUUUAGUUAUUAUUAAUAUUUAAAUUAAUAACUAAAGUCUAAUGUAGUGAAAUUGUCAAACGAAAUUUGAAAAGAAUAAAGAGAUGCAAUAAGUUUUGAUGUUAUAGUGAGUGCUACAGUUUCAGCCUCAAACCCUGAAUGCUGUUUGUUUUAGACUGAGAUUAAAGUAUUUCAAGGCAGCCGUUGGCUUCACUAGAUGUGAGGCCGUUUCAGGUGUGAGUCUACGUCACAGCUUGUUGAGCAGCUGGCUGCACUUCUUUUGUUUCAGGCGCUCCGAUCAAUAAUUGAUGUGGCCCGGUCAUAUCGGUGGCACCUACUCUCUUCUCCCUUCUCACUCACUCUUUCCAUUAAAAAUGCUGACGUAGAACAUGUCCAAGCUCAUUACAAGCUGAGAAAACAAGGGCCAGGGAGGAAAGCGGUGUUUUCAGAACUGAGCAGACAAGCUCUGAAUGGGAAUACAGACUGUCUUCUGUCUGACAUUGAUUUGAAGUUGUGUCAUAUAUCUAUUGAACCUGGUGAGGAUGUCGGGACCCAGCAGCGACCAGCUUCACAGAGCAACUCUUACUGUGUAUUCGAAUCUGAUGGAACACUUCAACCCAGGACUCGAGAAGCUUGUAGCUUUAGGAAGCAGCUAUGUCAAAGCCUUCCAAGCCUUAGCGGUGUGCGGUGAGGCCUACUUCAGCGCUGUGGCCAAGAUGGGUGACCAGGCUCUCCACACGCUUUCAUCGCGCUCUCUUGGGGAUGUGCUGAUCCAGAUAUCAGAAACACAGAGAAGGCUCACUGCAGAGAUGGAGGGCGUGUUUCGAUGGUUCCAGAUAGAAGUGUUACAAGCCAUGGAAAAGAAUGUCAAAUUGGACGAGGAGUACAUCGAUGGGAGUCGUAGAGUAUAUGAGCUGGAGGUGAGGAAUCAAGCAGAGGCUCUGGAGAAACAGCUCAGACGAGGAGCCUACAGAGACUCUCUGGAGAACACUGAGUACAUGGUGUACCUGAAGCAGAGCCAGCAGGAGAUACUGAAGGAGGAGGAGAGGAGGUAUCGCUUUUUGGCAGAGAAGCACUGUGGCCUCACUCAGUCCCUUCUGUUCCUGAUAAACAAGACCGGUGCAAGUCUCCAGCAGAAGGCAGAUGGGUGGAAGGAGAAAGUGAAUGAAACCAGAGGAUCUAGGCCUCGAACCCCCACACAUGUGGAUCAAGAGCUACAGCUGCGAGGCUCAGUGAGCUCCCUGCUGCAGACUGUGGCCAGAGAUGAAGACAUGUCCUGGGCCAGGAGGGAGCAGCAGGCGCUGGGCAGAGUGCCCUCUAGAGCACCAUCUCCUCUUCCCAGUCGCUCUCGCUCCAGCUCCGUGGGGGAGUCUCUAGGUCUGGGUGGAGGGAGAGCCAUGAGAGCCCUAGUCUGUCACCCCUCGUCAUCCAACCCCAAACUUCUGCCUUUUAACAGGGGAGAGACUGUCACCGUGCUCGUCCAGGAGCCUCGCAACGGCUGGCUGUAUGGUCGCACUGACAGCAGCCUACGUCAGGGCUGGUUCCCAGCUGCUUAUGUGACUCCUAUUGAAGAUGUAUCCAACACUUUAGCAAUAAGCGGUUCUUUAAAAAGUCACAGUAUGAACAAUCUGCUGGACCCUACUGACACAUACACUGACCAAUCAGAGAGCAAAAGCUACGGUGACGUCCCGCCCCCGGCCACGCCCAACCGUAGAGCUUCUGUAGAAUGCCAUCCGAUUUCUCCUCUUCCUGAGAAGAAACUGGAGCCAGAUGUGGAGACGAAGCUGGAGCAAACAAAGAGCUACAGUGAGCAUCCACCUCCACCUCCUCCACCUCCACCUCCUCCACAGAGUCAGAGUCUUAGAGUGGCCGCUGCAGAUUUUCAACCAAUCUCACCCCUUCCUGACAGGAGGAGUGAAACAACAUCGGAUGUCCAGGCAUUGUCACCUCACAGCACACCUGAAAAUCCACUGUUUCCCAGAGGCACAAACCCAUUUGCUACCGUAAAGCUUCGCCCCACAACGACCAAUGACAGAUCUGGUCCUCAGAUCCACUGACCCAACAUCACGCACACAUGCUAGCAGGGUCUGUAAACGGGCCUGCUAGUCUGGAUUAACCUUAAAAUGUUUGUCUUUAAGCCACAUGGAGAGAGGAAGGCUUUUAUACAGAGUUUGAUAUUAUCAAUUUACCAAAAGCACAAGUGAAGCUCUAGAACAUCUAAAUAAUUCAAUAUCAUUUCCUCUAUUUGUACAGCAUUUAAAUAUUUAUGUCACAAACAUAUUCCACAUUUGCUUCUUGUGAUAAAAAUAUCUACGCAAAUAUUUGGUAAAAUGUUCAUGUUAGUUUUCUCACUCGCAGCUAAAUCCUUGUUUCCAGAUUUCUUAUCUUUAGCUGUUGCAUGCGGCUCCAGCACCUUUUUAGCAAGUCAACUUUCCUAAAGGUUAUAUUUUUAUUAUAAGCUGAUAAUAGUAAAUGCUUAUUUGUCCUUUGCUCAGUUGUGUAGAGGUCACAAAAAAUAUUGAAUUUCAUCCUAAUUGUAGAACAAACCCAACCUGACUCCUGGUUUUCCAUAUGUUUAAGGUCCCAGUUUCUAACCUAGGUGUUGUACUUUUGCAAUUACCUCGGCUGUGGUGGUUUUCCUGUAUUUUAGUGCACUUUGUGUGUUGAUCAUUAAUUGUGUUUGUUGUGAGUAACCACAAGUAAAGAAACAGCUCUUACUCACUUUUUUAUUACCAUUUCUUACUCAGAUGUCUUCUUCUGUCUUCACAGCUUUUCAUAUAUAUCAUUAUAUUUUCUACAUCAUCUGAUGGAGGCAGGGAGUGAUGAGGACGAAGGGAUAGAGGAGUGGAGGUGAGGCAGAGGAAGGUGAAUGAGGGUCGGUGGGAGCAAAAUGCACUGAUAUGUGAGCAUCUAGAAGUAAAAGCAGACAAAAUACACAACCUGAAUUACACAGAAAAGAAAUUAAGAUUUAAGGAGUCUUUAUAACAUCUA